AUGCCUGAAGAAGCCACGCUAAGCACGACGAUCAUCUCGCGGGACGCCUCAAACACGUCUACUAAUGCUGGAUGCGAGCCAUCUUACAGUACAGUCCUUCUCUACGCCGUGCCUAUGAUCCAACACUUGCGAGACGGCCUACGGAUAGCCAUUGACCUCUUGUCAUGCUGUCUCGUCACCAUGCAAUCUACAGAUCUUCACUCCAUGACCAGCACGCUCCUGAAGCGCACCUUAUUCGACAUCAUGCGCUCCACCGCUUCAGGCGCCUCGCUCAACGGGAACUUCUCAAUCAGGCACUAG